AUGGCUUUGGGACCUUGUGCCGAGGCUGCGAAAUUCUCUGGCCAUGACAACGACGAGACUGCCUCUGAUGAGGCUGAUGACCACGGCGGGCCAUCGUUUGUCCAGUACUCAGCUGGUAAGAUUGCAGAUGACCUUGAAGAGUUGAAGGGGAAUGUUAACAACCCAGCUCCCGUGUCCCAAAACGGGACUGCUCUACAGACAGGACGUCUUCUCCCUCGUGGCCAGGAAUGCGAUAAGAAGGCCAUCAUUAGGAAUCCUGCUUUAGGCUCAAGUACGAUACUUGACCUCCCGACAGAGUUGCUCCUUCGAAUCUUCAGAUGGCUUUCGAAGCGGGAGACCUGGUCCGAUGCCAAUGAGACAAAGUGGAAUUUCUCCAGGCUUCCUAAUCAAGGCAUCAAAAACGUUCGACUCUCUUGCAAGCUCUUCGGAGAGGUUGCCUCGGAAUUCCUCAUUGACCAUGUCAGGAUAUAUGUGUCAGAGCGCUCUCUCGCCCAUUUCGAAGAAAUUUGCCGUCACCCGCGCAUUAGCCGAUGUAUACGCGCAGUUGAGGUCUGUCUUGCGCAAUACGACAUCGCCAUGGCCAACGAUCUCGCUCUAUUCACUGGGGACUUCAUCGACGAGCUGGACCGACAAAGGUCCGGAACCCCUGAGGAGAUAUAUAAGGCUCAGGCUAUUGCCAAUACAUGGCGCAGAGCUUUGAAGGCAUAUGAAUCUGGACAUUACAUUACAUUGGAUAACUUUGGCACCGAAGCGAUCGGCUACAUCAAAGCUCUCGAAGAAGGUUAUGACGGCUAUUGUCAUAACUACGAAAAGCAGCAAAUUUUGCUUCAAGAAGGCAGCUUCACUAGCAGACUUGCGGCAGCGAUGGCAGAACUGCAACAAGCAAAGCACCUUGAAGUGUCUGACUGGGACUUCGUUCACUGGGGACAUCACUGGCAAGGAAAUCGACGCCUGGACGUUUCCAACAACAGCUCACUGAGUCAUAGCUUGUCCAACUGGCGCAUUCCAUUCAGUGAGGUCCAGGGGUACGAACUUUUGCCCACAAUCCCGGAUCUCCUGUGCAAGUUGCACCCCGCUGGAAGGAGCAUUACCUCGCUCAGCUUUGAUAUCUCACGCUCGUUCAACGACUCAUAUCUCCAGUUCUCUUUACCUGAACAUCAGCAAGAGCAACUAAGUCUUGCUUUGAAGGAACUGAGAUCCUUCAGAUUCGAGCACCGCGGUAUCAUAGCAUUGACCCCGAAGGCAUUCCGGGCAUUGUCAUGCUUCUUGAACGCUUGUUUGAAAUCUAACAAGCUUGAAUGCCUCGUGAUUAACGCAGGACAUUGGUCAGAGCACAGCACAAGCCUAAUCAGCACGCGGUCGUGGCCAAAGUUGAGGCACGUGGUGCUGGAGCGAUUCGGAAUCACUGAGCGCGAUCUCGAUCUCCUAACUGAAGCCAGCCCGUCCUGGACAGAAGGACAGCUGGUUCUUGACGAAAUACGCCUCGUGAGCGGCACAUGGGCCAGCGUCCUCGAUGUAUUGCGCCAAAGGCGCAUUCGCUUGAGCCUAGGCUACUCAGGAGGCGCGGAGUGCGAUACACGUGGUCACACCUGGGCCUGCGACAUUUUUUGCAAGCGCGAUGAUGGUCAUGGACCUAGUCUUGCCGAGCUCUAUGUCCGGGGUGAGGACAUGCCUAAUCCCAUCCAACCCCUCUGA